GCGUGCAAAGUCCUCCUCCGCCGCCGCCAUCCACGGCGGCCAGACCGACGUUGCCCACGCGACAGGCGAUCGAGCAGCAGAUCAACCUACAGGACACCUUGACCCACAUGCAGGACACCAUGCGCCGCAUGGAUGACGUGGAGCCCACAGUCUCGCAGUAA